AUGUCGACAGAUUCCGAGUCGGAUUACUUCGAUGACGACGACUUCGUAGUCCCUGGGACCCCCGAUGGCCCCUCCCGUCCCGCAAAACGCCGCCGCGUUCGAAAUCGCGGGGAAGAGAGCGAAGGUCAAGAUGACGGCUCUUCGAUCGACUCAUUCUCUGAAAUGGAGGAUGAUGAUUUGCCCUCACGACGGCAAGAAUCACCUCAUGGCUUUGAAGAAUACCAGGAUCGUCCCAAAAAUAAGAGCUGUGUACUGAAGCAAGCGAGUGUCCAAAAUGACAUGUUCGUCACGCAACUCACCCAGCCCUCCUCAAGCCCGGAACGAAUACGAGGUCCGCGAUGGCAGAAGCCUGUUACAAAACCUCCCCCGGCAAAAUUUGAAACCAGGUUGCAAGAUGGUGAUGGUGGUGGCGGCGGACAGGACAGGAAUCAUAUCCAUGAUGAUGAGGAGUUGAUGGCCGCUAUUGCAGCUUCAAUAGAUUCAUUUGAGGAGGAGAAAACAACCAGGGCGGUAUCCAAACCCCAAAGUUUAUCAAACAAUACAGCUCCCAAAAAGCUUGCCCCGUCGGAAAAGGAAGACACGCAUGCCCUGCCGGAUGUUCCGUUUGAGCUGGAGGACAUACCUGAAGGUGCAUUUGAUUCUUCGCCAUUAUUAUCACCAGUAGCACGACCAGUCCAUUCUGCAACCCCACAUUUCAGUCAAUCCCGAGGCCCAAUUCGACAACCACACCUCAAACAGAGCACAUUAUUCGGCAUGGUUGCUCCAAACCCUGAGGUCUUGAUACCGCGUCAACAAGACUGGGGCCCACCAGAGAAGACCGAACCACCAACGCAACACAAACUUGUUAAAGAUGCUUUGCAUACAUGGGUCUACCCCACGAAUUUGGGUAAAACUAGAGAUUACCAGUUCAACAUUACUCAGGCAGGCCUGUUUCAUAAUCUACUCGUGGCCUUGCCAACGGGUUUGGGAAAGACAUUCAUAGCAGCUACAAUUAUGCUGAAUUGGUUUCGCUGGACGAAAGAUUCACAAAUUAUUUUUGUAGCACCAACGAAACCCUUGGUUUCGCAGCAGGUAUCGGCCUGCUUGGAUAUUGCCGGAAUCCCACGUUCGGAGUCGACCAUGCUCACAGGAGGGGCAUCGCCGGGGAUUCGCGCCGAAGAGUGGAAAUCAAAGCGGGUGUUUUUCAUGACACCCCAAACACUGAUCAACGACCUGAAGACCGGAAUCGCCGAUCCCAAGCGAAUCGUGUUGUUGGUCGUUGAUGAAGCUCAUCGCGCGACGGGUGCGUAUGCAUACGUGGAGGUGGUCAAAUUCCUUCGGCGCUUCAACAACAGUUUCCGCGUGCUCGCACUCACAGCAACGCCGGGAUCAACAGUCGAAUCGGUACAGGCGGUUAUUGAUGGCCUGGACAUAGCACGUGUCGAAAUCCGGACGGAGAACUCGAUUGACAUUCGCGAGUACGUUCACGCUCGCAAUAUCGAAAUCGAAACAUUCGAGAAUUCAGAUGAAAUGAUUUUCUGUAUGGACCUGAUGUCUGCUGCCUUGCAGCCCUUGCUUGACCAACUCCGGACUCUCAACGCCUACUGGGGACGUGACCCUAUGGGACUGACUGCGUAUGGUCUUACGGUGGCGAGGCAACAAUGGAUGCAGUCCGACGCUGGUCGGAAUGCCCAUUUCGGCUUGAAGGGCAAAGUCAACUCCAUUUUCACUGUUCUUGCUAGCCUGGCCCACGCUAUCGAUCUCCUCAAGUACCACGGCAUCGUGCCAUUCUAUCGCCAUGUCAUUCAUUUCAAAUCAAGCUCCGAGGGACAGAAAGGCGGAGGUGGAAAAUAUCAAAAGCAAGUUGUACAAGAUGAUAGUUUCAAGAAACUACUUGGCCAUCUUGAACCAUGGAUCGGUGAUUUUGAAUCACUUUAUGGACAGGGGGAAGGGAAAGAGUUACCUGACGGCACUGGUCACCCUGCCACCCGUGUCAUGAUCUUUGUGCAUUUCCGUGAUAGUGCCGAAGAGGUCACGAGAGUUCUCAAAAGAUACGAGCCCAUGAUUCGACCUCAUGUUUUCGUGGGUCAAUCAAGCGCCAAAGGCUCUGAAGGCAUGGACCAGAAAACACAGCUCAGAAUUAUUGAGGAUUUCAAGAAAGGCACAUACAACACGAUCGUUGCCACCUCCAUCGGCGAGGAAGGAUUGGAUAUUGGAGAGGUCGAUCUGAUCGUGUGCUAUGACUCGUCGGCAUCGCCCAUUCGCAUGCUGCAGCGCAUGGGUCGAACUGGCCGUAAGCGGGCUGGUAACAUCACUCUGCUAUUGAUGAAAGGCAAAGAAGAAGACUCCUACAUCAAAGCGAAAGAUAAUUACGAAAAGAUGCAGCAAAUGAUUGCCAGUGGCGCACGGUUCACGUUCCACGACGAUCGUUCUGCGCGCAUCUUACCCGCGGGCGUCCGUCCAGUGCCUGAUAAACGAAACAUCGAUAUACCCCCAGAGAACUCGCAGCAAGAACUCCCCGAGCCGAAACGCAAAGGGAGAGCGCCAAAGCGACCUGCCAAGGUAUUCCACAUGCCUGAUGAUGUGGAGACAGGGUUUAAACGAGCCUCGACUUUGAAUGGCGACAAACCCCAGAAGAAGAAAGCCACUGCACCCAGAAAAGCAGCCACCCCCAAAAAGAGGCCCCGAUCCCCCACACCCGAGCCUGUGGAUGUUCCGUCAGUGGAGGAUGUUGUCCUUAGCGUGAGUGAGCAAAAUGAUCUUGAACAUCAUUAUCAGAACAUCGGCGCCACUUCUCCGCAGUUCAUCCGAUUCCCUCGCAACGACGCCUUUCCACGUUUGCAACUCAUGGAAAGACCCACAAAGAACGUCAAGCAUGGGUCUCUCACGCAACGCAUGGUAAAAGCCUUACAGAAGAUGCACGACGCCGGCCCUGACUGCGACCAUCGAUUCAAAGAGAUUUUGGCCCGCGAACCCCCUCGUCAGACGAAUCCAGUCAAACUGUCCGGAGUGAUUCAAAUAAGAAGCCUCGGCGCAACUCAAAGCCCUUGA